GGCGCCGUCCCUUCCGGGGAGCGGGUGGCCGCCGCGUCCGCCGGGCGGCUUCCCACCCCGCCCCCCGCGGCUGGGGUGACGCGUCUCCAAUAGCAGCUCGCCGGGAGCCGCAGCCCGGGGCUCCGCCGGCGCCGCGCGCCCCUCCGCGCGCCACCAUGCGGGCCGAGGGCCACGGCGGCCUGGAGCGCUUCUGCAGCCCGGGCAAGGGCCGGGGGCUGCGGGCCCUGCAGCCCUUCCAGGUGGGGGACCUGCUCUUCUCCUGCCCGGCCUACGCCUGCGUGCUCACGGUGACCGAGCGGGGCAACCACUGCGAGGGCUGCUUCAGCAGGAAAGAAGGAUUGUCCAAAUGUGGAAGAUGCAAGCAGGCAUUUUACUGCAAUGCGGAGUGUCAGAAAGAAGAUUGGCCCAUGCACAAGCUGGAAUGUUCUCCCAUGGUUGUGUUUGGGGAAAACUGGAAUCCCUCAGAGACUGUAAGACUAACAGCAAGGAUUCUGGCCAAACAGAAAAUCCACCCAGAGAGAACACCAUCAGAAAAACUGUUAGCCGUGAAGGAGUUUGAAUCACAUCUGGAGAAGUUAGACAAUGAGAAGAAGGAUUUGAUUCAGAGUGACAUUGCUGCUCUCCAUCACUUCUACUCCAGGCACCUGGAAUUCCCCGACAAUGACAGCCUCGUAGUAUUGUUUGCACAGGUUAACUGUAAUGGCUUCACAAUUGAAGACGAAGAGCUGUCGCAUUUGGGAUCAGCGAUAUUUCCAGAUGUUGCACUGAUGAAUCAUAGCUGUUGCCCCAAUGUCAUUGUGACCUACAAAGGGACGCUGGCAGAAGUAAGAGCCGUGCAGGAAAUCAACCCAGGAGAGGAGGUUUUCACCAGCUACAUUGACCUCCUGUACCCGACAGAGGAUAGGAACGACCGGUUAAGAGACUCUUAUUUCUUUACCUGCGAGUGCCAGGAGUGCACCACCAAAGACAAGGAUAAGGCCAAGGUGGAAAUCCGAAAACUCAACGACCCUCCGAAGGCAGAAGCCAUCCGGGACAUGGUCAGAUAUGCACGCAAUGUCAUCGAGGAGUUCCGGAGGGCCAAGCACUAUAAAUCCCCUAGUGAGCUGCUGGAGAUCUGUGAGCUCAGCCAGGAGAAGAUGAGCUCGGUGUUCGAGGACAGCAACGUGUACAUGUUGCACAUGAUGUACCAGGCCAUGGGUGUCUGCCUGUACAUGCAGGACUGGGAAGGAGCCCUGCGAUACGGACAGAAAAUCAUUAAGCCCUACAGCAAGCAUUAUCCUUUGUACUCGCUCAACGUCGCCUCCAUGUGGUUGAAGCUGGGAAGGCUGUACAUGGGCCUGGAGCACAGAGCCGCAGGAGAGAAGGCCCUGAAGAAGGCCAUUGCAAUCAUGGAAGUGGCUCAUGGCAAAGACCAUCCAUAUAUCUCUGAGAUCAAACAGGAAAUUGAAAGCCACUGAACCUAUGCAACAUUUCAGUUUUCAUUUAAAUACUUAGCAGAAAAACCGUAAAGAAGUUGGCUAUUUCAAAUCGUGCACAUCACUCCAGCAUUUCUGUAAAAUAAUAGGAAUGAAAACACUAUUGCACUUCAGCCUUGCACAUGCCACACUCUGAGGUUGGUCUUAAUCUUGAACUUUAAUACCAGAUUAAUCUUGAAUGCUUUUGUUUGCCUAAGAGAUAACGGCAUGGUUUCAUAUGUAAUAUACUUUGGACAGAUAAGAGUUUUAAAAAAUGCAAUUAUUUUUCCCUUCAUGCCUCUUGUAAUGCUCUGAACAAACUUGAAUGACGAAAGAGAAUAAAAGAGAUAACCGUA